UCCCACAGCUACACUUCCUGUCAUGUGAUCCGGCGGGGCGUCGACGUCACAGUGACGGCCGACCGGGCACGCAGGCACGCAGCGUUGCAUGUUGCAGAGUUUGAAGUCUAAACUAACUAACUAAUCAGCGGCAAUAAAAUGGAAAAGAACCAUAACUGCAGCAGCAUUACCUGACUGACACCUUUAACAGGUCCAGUGGAAUUUCCCUGCAAAGAAAAGACGGCCGCUGCGCUGCUGCAACAAAUAACCAGCACCAAUGUCUCGGCUUGAGGGUCGUCGGGAUUCUGUGCCUGCGGUCCAACAGGCGGUGCGGCGGCGUUUCUCAGGGCCGCUGCUGCUGCCUCCUCUCUGGAGGAGGCACUCCUGCCAGGAGCGCCCAUGUGACAGCCGGCGCCCGUCUAUAACACACGGUCUGCCUCUGGACCGUCUGGAAGUUCUCUACAGACAAGCACUGGCCAGUCAUGAUGAGCAUGGUUUUGAUGUGGAGAAUGGCCUGUCAGUGGGUUGCAGUCCACUGGACUCUCAGACUAGCCCAAGUUCUGGUCUGGUCCUUCAGGCCAACUUCCCACACAGUCAGCGCCGCGAGUCCUUCCUCUACCGCUCCGACUCAGACUUCGACCUUUCGCCCAAAACCAUGUCCCGCAACUCGUCCACUGCCAGCGACCUACAUGGAGAAGACAUGAUAGUGACUCCAUUUGCACAGGUUCUUGCCAGUCUACGAACAGUGAGAAGUAACUUUGCAGUUCUGACACAUCUGCAAGAUCGUGUAACAAACAAGCGGCCGACAUGCAGCAACCAGCCACCCAUGUGUAAGCCAUGUCUUACAGAGGAGCCCUACCAGAAGCUGGCGGUGGAGACACUGGAAGAGCUGGACUGGUGUCUGGACCAACUGGAGACGCUGCAGACGAGACACUCAGUCGGCGAGAUGGCAUCCAAUAAGUUUAAGAGGAUGCUAAACCGUGAGCUGACGCAGCUAUCAGUGACAAGCCGCUCAGGGAAUCAGGUGUCAGAGUACAUCUCCAACACUUUCCUAGAGAAACAGCAUGAUGUGGAGAUCCUGUCUCCACCUUCUAAGGAGGAGAAGAAGAAGAGGCCGAUGUCACAGAUCAGUGGUGUGAAAAAGGUGACACAGAGCCCCAGCUUAGCACCCACCUGCAUCCCCCGCUUUGGAGUGAGCACACCACACGAGAGCCUGCUGGCCCAGGAGGUCGAGGAGAUUAAUCGUUGGGGUCUGGAUGUAUUCAAGAUAGCAGAAUUUUCUGGAAACCGCCCUUUGACGGUGAUCAUGUACUCCAUCUUUCAGGAGAGAGACCUUCUGAAAACCUUUAAGAUCCCAAAUGACACCUUUAUCACCUUAAUGAUGACCCUGGAGGACCACUACCAUGCAGAUGUAGCUUAUCACAACAACAUUCAUGCAGCUGAUGUGGUGCAGUCCACCCACGUCCUCCUGUCCACCCCUGCUUUAGAGGCGGUGUUCACAGACCUGGAGAUCAUGGCUGUUCUGUUUGCUAGUGCCAUCCAUGAUGUCGACCACCCAGGAGUCACCAACCAGUUCCUGAUAAACACCAGUUCAGAGCUGGCACUGAUGUACAACGAUGCCUCGGUGCUGGAGAAUCACCACCUCGCUGUGGGCUUCAAACUGCUGCAAGAAGACAACUGUGACAUCUUCCAAAACCUCAGCAAGAAACAGAAAGACUCCCUCCGAAAGAUGGUGAUCGACAUGGUGCUUGCCACUGAUAUGUCCAAACACAUGAACUUCUUGGCGGAUAUGAAAACAAUGGUGGAGACCAAGAAGGUGACCAGUCUGGGAGUCCUGCUGCUCGACAACUACUCUGAUCGCAUCCAGGUUCUGCAGAACAUGGUACACUGUGCCGACCUGAGCAACCCAACCAAACCGCUGGAGAUUUACCGCCAGUGGACAGACCGCAUCAUGGUGGAGUUCUUCACCCAGGGAGACCGAGAGCGGGACAAAGGCAUGGAGAUCAGUCCCAUGUGUGACAAACACAACGCCUCUAUAGAGAAGAACCAGGUGGGCUUUAUUGACUACGUUGUCCACCCUCUGUGGGAGACAUGGGCGGACUUGGUGCAUCCUGACGCCCAAGACAUCCUGGACACGCUGGAGGACAACAGGGAGUGGUACCAGAGCAUGAUCCCCCGCAGCCCAUCGCCGUCCAGAGGAGGAGGGGACAAGUUCCAGUUUGAACUCACUCUGGAGGAGGAAGAGGAGGAGGAGGAGGAGGGGGAGUCUGACCUGGAGAGCCCCCUAGAGGAGGAGUCCCAGUUGGGUGGGAAGUGGCACCGGGACUCCCCCUCCCCCUCUUUGUCCCCAGACCCCCGCAGCAGCAGCAGCAGCAGCAGCAGCAGGUACCGCCCCCCCUCGCCUCACCCGUCUCGGACCCUGAAUCUGGCUGCCAUGUCGGUGCGGAGCCCCCACAGGACGCUGGCCUCCCCGGGGCGGGAGGGCGGCGACAGAGAACUCAGCAAGGAGAGCGACGGGGUGGAGUGCCUACGUAUGGGCACGUAACAACCAGCACAACCUGCCCCGCCCGAGAGACACGAGUGCUGGAUGUGGAGAGACGGAGGCAGGGCAGGCCUUUACCAAUAAAGUCUGUAAAAUCACUACAGUCCCUUUACACUGGAGACACCCACUUGGGAGAACUGUUUUAUCUUAUAUUUUAACCAAGAGAAUAGUUUCAGCCCCUCUUUCGGAGCCUGAUUGGCCUUUGUGUCCCGUCCUGCUUUGUUGUAGCUUCAGUUCAGUGUCCCAGACAAAGACAGCUGCAUUUUACCUGGGAAGAAGAGUGGAGCCAAGGCGGGAUACUGGAACAAGAACAAAAGGUAAAGGAAAUGUCUUCCUCCAAUAACUGUGUGUGACAUUCAGACGUGAGAAUGAGAACCCCGGUGGUCUGACAGGGUCUUGGAAAUUAUUUUGCACCGUAGUUUUAAUUUAGGAUAAGAAAUUACUGAGUCCGGUUGGAAUAAGUAUUAGUAUGAUUUCUUUGUUUGAGAAUGAUGUGAGAGAUGAAUAAUUUUACCAAAUACAGAAUGUAGAUGACAUGAUCGAUGGACCUAAACCUCAGGGUAUGAAGAGAAACAUAAAUCUAAUGUAGCACGGACGUAGUGGGCUCCCCUGACCUGACCCUCGACCCCAAACUCUCUUUCAUGUUUGAUUUACCUCCAAACCAGAGACAUCUGAGACUUUAACCUGUGUGUCUCUACAUUUAAUUAAAACCCUUUAAUAUAAAAUUUGGCAACUGAAGCAAUCAAAUAAUAUAUAUGUAAACCAGCUUGUAGCACCACAAAGAUUAAACACUGAAGAAGACUGUACCCCAGUCUCACUUGUUGAAAAUACAAAAGACACCACCUGUAUAAUUAGUUUGGGCUUUAUUUUUUUACCUGAGAUUAUUUGAAAUGGGGUCAUUGUUUUAGGGUUCUGUACAUUUGCUUGUCUUGUCUCUGUUUAUGUGCUUGAAAAGCAUUUUUUUAUCAGGGUGCCUCCAGUCCGCAGUAGCACUUUACCGUCUCUGCUCUUCAGCUCUUCUAUUCAGUCACACAAAGGGCUUCAUCCACUGUAGGCCUACUGAUCACACAGACAGAACAGUACGGGCUGUUUGACCCAAGGUACCAGAAAGCAGGGCAGGAAACUCACUUGUUGGUUGAUUCAGAAUGAAAGAAAGAAAAAACUUAGUUGGCCAACAACAAAAUUCACAACCUUCUGGUUAGUCAGAUAUUGGAAUUAUAAGACUCCUGUUUUGAUCCCGUUUAAACUAUUUUGCACUUUAGUUUCUUGAGGUUCAAGUUCAAUUUAUUUUAAACAGUAAAAUAUUUUUAAAAGUUUGUGGCACAAAUAGUAUGUGGAAAAGAGUUAUGUGCAAACUAUGUACUAUUUUCUAUUAGGAUCUUAUAAUUCCAAAUAAGUCACCAUGGUGUUGUGUCCCUGCCCUGCUGACAGGAGCUGACGUAGAGAUCAGAGGUUGCUGACAGAAAUAAAUCAGAUCAACCUAAACAGAUUGUGUUCCAUCAGGUUAUCCGUCUUAUUCGAUAGAUAGUGCUCGACUGGGAUAACUGUGUGCCAUAAGUGUUGAAAACACACAAACACCUGCCAGCCUACAAUGCUGUACAUUUUUACACUAGAGAUUUUAACCUGAUGAUUGUAUCGAAGUCACUGACUUUAUAGUGUUAGUUUUUAUGAAUGAUACGUGUUACCAGUAUUUAAAGCAUACAGUUUAUUAGAUUUUGUGCAGCUCAUGAUCAGUCUGUUCAGCCCUUUCCUAUUCAGAUAGCUGGGACGUAAGAAUGUGUUUAGUUUCAGGAGUCUUCGUUCAGUCUAGAGCAGUGUUUGUCACUGAGGUAGAAAGACCAGGAAGCAAACAAGCAUUACACAAAUAUAUGAUGCACUUCCUGGUCAGGCAGUCGUAGAAAACACCAGUCUAACAGUAUUUCAUUAACUCAGCUAGCCUUACAUGUGAUAUGGAUGUGGUUGGAGCCUAGUGUUAAAGGACCAUUAUGCUGUUUUUAACAUGCUGAGCCUCAGAGCAUUGUCUGCUUCGCCGUUCUUGAAAAGCAAAAACAAAACUGCUCCUUU